UUUACAUCUACGAUGCCUGCUACGCAAGCGCGCAUCCGGACAUGUCCAUCAAGCUUUACAGUCUGCGCUUCUCAGUAUCCGUCACGAUGUGUCUUCGCUACGCCUCGUGGCCUGCAGGACCGCCGUCCGCCAUCUCAGGGCCGCUUGUCCGAGGUGCUCGUUAACAUAUUGCCACAAUGAGCUCGAGGAAUUGAAUGCGCAACGGGUUCCCAAGUGGCGCCACAGAUCAACACUUCACCCGCGCCCGGAUGCCCGGCCUAUGCGAAGCGUUACCACUAGCUGCUCUUUAUACUCACGCUUGCGCCACCACUCCGAUGAUCAGCGGACUGCCAUACAGACGGCGCAGAAGGCUCCACAUUUUGGCUGCUCUCGGUGUGAUCUGCCACCAACCGUGCGCUGUAAUUGAGAUGAGUUUGCGGACGGGUUACUGUCUUCUUGUGUCUCACGAUGAUUCCUCGAGAUGGGAUUUUGAUUUGUGGUAUGGUAAACCCUUCCGCUGGUGUAUGCUCUCUCCACUUCUAUGGCUGCAGACCAUUGUCAGAGGGAGUUUGCUGCUUAUGGCCGCUUACCUCCGUUUACUGAAUUACGCUCAAAGAUAGACAAAUUUGGGGGUGCAUUCGAUCGCAGGGCCGCUAUAUGAGUGUAGCUGUCCGGUCUUGAGCAUAUGCCACGUCUAAGAAGCAUCGUCUAGAGCCCAACAUAGCUUGGUCUUGUCCUGCUGCUCAAGAGCAGCACCAGACUUAUCUCAUAUACGCGGUUG